UAGAUAUUCACGAGCUCAGAGCCAGAGAGCACAUCCAGUUUUGCAGUAAUUAUAGUAUUUUUUUCAUUGUUUAUUCCCAUUUUAAUUGUGAUAAGUGAUUAAUUAAAAUUGAAAACACAAGAAUAUGCCUCGAGGAUUCAAUUUUUUAGAUCUCGUUGGCAAAGAAUCGAUCAAAUAUGCCAAUUUGCCUGAAAGAUAUGUCAAACGUACUGGAGAGCAAAUAGCAUGGAAAACACCUCGUGGUUUACCAAAUUAUCUACCUCGUACUGUGCAACGUAAAAAAUUUAAUUUUUCAAUUCAUCGUCCAUGGACAUCAGAAUUUUCUUUUGACAAUAGUAGAAAUAAAAGUUAUCAAAAAGUUCCCAUUGAACCAAUUAAAAAAUGGUCAUUUUUUCGUGGUGACAAGGUUGAGGUUUUAACUGGAAGGGACAAAGGAAAGCAAGGAGUUGUAUCUUUAAUUUUCCAAGAAAGAAAUUGGGUAAAUGUUCAAGGACUUAAUACGAAAAUGAUUAAAAUAAUGAAAAAUAAAGAAUUUCCAGGAGUAAAUAUAUUGAGAGAAUUACCACUACUUGUAAAUGAAGAAGUUUCUCUCAUCGAUCCAAGUGAUAUGAAACCAACUGAAAUUGAAUGGAGAUUCACAGAAGAAGGAGAAGAAGUUCGUGUUUCAAAACGAACAGGAAGAGUAAUUCCUAUUCCCAAUUCGGAUAAAGAAACGAUCGAUUAUAAAUUACCAAGUUUAUACAAACCUGGCGAUAAAGAUACUAAAAAAGAGGAAGUUGAAAAAAUUACAUUCAAGCCCGAACUAAAAACUUUUGAAAUGGAUAUUAUGGACAAAAUGGGAAUAAAGGAAGAUCGAAUUCCUCAAAAAACAUAUUGGUAUUAAAUAUACUGUUAGUGUUUGUAUAUAUAUAUAUUAUAAUUAAAUUACACUUUAUUGCAAUAAAUCCUUUAUUACAUGUAA